UAUAAAGGGACUGUGCCACUCUCGCUUUCGGCCAGUCGCAAUCAACGUAACACCGUGCUUCAUAGGUGUUUCGCAAUAGUGCGAGAAAAUGAAGCUUUUGAUCUUGAUACUGACGGUCGCCGCUGCGGCCGAAGACAGCAAGUGGAUCUGGGGCGACGAAGAAAAGGCAAGAGCCGGCGAUAAUAGAAAUAUCAGAUACAACGUACACGAGUACCCGGAUAAUUCCGACGGCGGGUUCGCGUCGCAGAAUCAAUUUAGACCCCAAUAUCCAGGACCGUAUGGACCGAACAGCAGGCCUAUCAGACCCGGAGAUGGUAACCAAGUUCUCGUCGGACCGGAUGGACCGAGUGGAAUUAUUGGCAGGGCUCAACGCUUUCUGAUAGAGCUUUUUUCGGACCUUCUUUUUAGACCGGGCAACAACAGACCGUUCAGGCCUGGCGGUGAUGGAUUUGACCACAAUUCCGGGCCGGUUGUGCCGGGUGUAAACGUGGACCCGAUACUGUCUGGUCCAGUCCCGUCGUGGAUAAGAAACGACCCUCGGUACCAGGAAUUCGACACCUGCAAGUGCAGCCGUGGGUUCAACUGCCCCGGCGUGAAAUUUGGCUCCUGCUCCAGGGGAAAACAAUACUGCUGCUUCAGCAGCCGGAAGUACGGCGGUACCGGGAACGGGUAUCAGCAGUUCAACGGAAACUACCCCAACAGGCCGCAAUAUCCGGGCAACCUGCCGUUCAGACCCUUCAACGCGAUUCCCCCCGAGUACUAUGAAAACGGGAACAAUUAUGGGGGCGAUUACGACGGCGAUUAUUACGGACAGUAUCAAAACGGCGGCUACGACAGGCCCUACAACAACUACAACAGGCCCUAUAAUAAUUAUGGAAACGGGCCGGACGGCUACUACGACAGGCCUUAUCGGGGGCCCUAUGCCCCCGGCUACGCGGGCAACAACAACCCCUACUUCAACUGGCAAAACCCAUACAACAGGCCCAGGCCCUACGACUUUGACGACUACGGGAGGGUGGCUGGGAAAUCGAAGAGUAAAAACGAUAAAACCGCCAACGACGUGCCAACUAGUCCCAGCACUGACGGUGAAACGAGCAAGGACAAUUAAUAAAUCCUCGCCGAAGAGUCCCACGGACUUCGGCUGAGGUCCAGGUUCACUCACUCGCGAUUGAAAAGCCAAUAUUAUUAUUAUCAUCAUGGUUCGUCAGAGAAACGUUCUUGUUGGAAUUUCUCGUAACUCGGGGAUAAUUGUUAUUUGCGCCCCGUCGCAAUACUUUUCCACCUCUCAGCGUCGUCCCAAUUCAAUGCUGUUUCACCAAUUUAUACGAUUUUACGCAACACGCGGGAGCUCCCUUUCGACCACGUGUCUUAACAUACCAAAGUAUAUACAUACCUAUAUGUAUAUUGUAUAUCGACCCUCUCUGAAUCCUUAUCGUGCAUUAAUUAUGUGUUUUAUUCUUCCCUGGUAAACCUAUCAAUAUUUACUACUAUAACUUAUUGCUGUAAUAAUGAAAUAUAAUUUUUUUUUACAUUAAUA